AUGUCAGACUCACCGGAAAGUGUUUAUAAGAACACCGAGUGGGAUGAUAUUCCCGGAGCACACAGGCGUACACGUCCGGGAACGGCUCCCAGAGAACAAAUAUAUGAUACGGUGCUGGAUGCAUAUGGGAAUCAAGUCUCUUCAAAACCAGCCAAUCAACCAUUUCUCAAAGGUCAAAGAGCGCGAUUAGAACACCAAGCCCGUUCUGCCGCUCAAGAAGAAUCCCGUCGACGUCGUGCCGUUGAAAAAGAGAAAGAACGUCAACGAAAACGUGCUUCCUUCGGUGACGAUCCUCCUUCCCUUUUCCCUCGUAUCAUCAUAUUCAUCCUGUUCCUUCCAUUCUUAUGUAGGUUCUUCACGGGUUCUUGGGACGCUGGAUUAGGUGAUGAGUUAAGACCGUACUUUCGGAAAAUGGAGGAAUGGUGGCCUUGGAGAAGAGAGUUGCAAGAGUUUACCCCGCUUCAACUGGCUUUCUAUGAUGGAACGCCGGAUAGACCUGUUUAUCUGGCUAUUGCUGGUGAGGUAUAUGACGUGAGCAAGAAUAGGAGGGUUUAUGGGAAAGGAGGGAGUUAUAAUAUGAUGACUGGUAGAGACGCCAGUAGGGCGUUUGUGACAGGAUGUUUUGAAACACAUCUGACUCAUGAUGUCAGAGGACUCUCACCUGAUGAGAUGAAAGGUUUGGAACACUGGAGAUCGUUCUUUGCCAAUCACAAAGAUUACCACAAAAUCGGUCACAUCCUCAAUCCUCCUAUUGACCCUCAAACCCCGAUUCCUCCACCUUGUCGAGAAGAGCCGGAUUCCGCUCCUGGCGCUACUGCAAACGCUCAUGCUCAUGCCAAACCCGCCCCGGUCUCUCAUGGAUCUUAA